CCCCUCCCGCCGGGCCGGGCCGGGCCGCGGAGCGCGACGGGCAGCGCGGAGCGGCCGCGCCCGGGCAGGAGCCGCCGCCGGCGGGAGCGCAGCGGAGCCGGGCGGGCCGCGCCAUGCGGCUGUGCGGGGCGCUGCUCAAGAACCCCAUCCCCAAGCAGAUCGAGUACUACUCGCGCUUCUCCCCCUCGCCCCUCUCCAUCAAGCAGUUCCUCGACUUCGGUCGUGACAAUGCCUGCGAGAAGACUUCGUACAUGUUCCUGCGGAAGGAGCUUCCUGUGCGACUGGCGAACACCAUGAGGGAAGUCAAUUUGCUGCCUGAUAAUUUACUGAACAGGCCUUCAGUUGGGCUGGUACAGAGCUGGUACAUGCAAAGUUUCCUUGAGCUUUUAGAAUAUGAAAAUAAAAGUCCUGAGGAUCCUCAUGUUCUGGAUGACUUUUUAGAUGUUUUAAUUAAAGUCAGGAACAGACACAAUGACGUGGUUCCAACCAUGGCGCAAGGGGUGAUUGAAUACAAGGAAAAAUAUGGCUUUGAUCCAUUUGUUAGCAGUAACAUCCAGUAUUUUCUAGAUAGAUUCUACACCAACCGCAUCUCUUUCCGUAUGCUUAUUAACCAACACACACUUCUGUUUGGUGGAGAUAUUAAUCCUGCUCAUCCCAAACAUAUUGGAAGUAUUGAUCCUAAUUGUGAUGUGACAGAGGUAGUUAAAGAUGCUUAUGAAACAGCUAAGAUGUUAUGUGAACAGUACUAUACAGUGGCACCUGAUCUGGAAGUUGAAGAAUUCAAUGCUAAAGCUCCAAACAAGCCUAUUCAAGUAGUCUAUGUACCUUCUCAUUUGUUUCAUAUGUUAUUUGAAUUAUUCAAGAAUUCAAUGAGAGCUACAGUGGAAUUGCAUGAAGGUAAGAAAGAAGCCUAUCCAUCGAUCAAAACCUUAGUCACUUUGGGGAAAGAAGAUCUAUCUAUUAAGAUAAGUGACCAAGGUGGAGGUGUACCUCUAAGAAAAAUAGACAGAUUGUUUAACUACAUGUACUCAACAGCACCCAGGCCCAGUCUGGAGCCCUCGAGGGCUGUGCCUUUGGCCGGGUUUGGCUAUGGAUUGCCAAUUUCUCGUCUGUAUGCGAGGUACUUUCAAGGUGACCUUAAACUCUACUCAAUGGAAGGCGUGGGUUCAGAUGCUGUUAUUUAUUUGAAGGCCCUUUCAAGUGAAUCAUUUGAAAGACUUCCUGUUUUUAAUAAGUCAGCAUGGCGGCACUACAAGACCACACCUGAAGCAGAUGACUGGAGCAAUCCUAGCAGUGAACCAAGGGAUGCUUCUAAAUACAAAGCUAAUCGAUAAUUUGCCAUCUUUUGUCUCUGUUGGAGAUGACCUCUGCAUUCAGUAUAAAGUCUCUGCUUUGUUCCAAAAUCCUUCAAACCACAGUAGCUAAUUACUUCCAAACAAAGACCUAAUCAGGGCAUUGAAAAAUACUAAGAACAAAGUGAUGAUUGGGACUUAGAGGAAGGCACUGAGCACGUUUGGUAUGUGAAUCCUGUGUACUUCACCAGAAUAUGCUUGGUUGCUUCAGUCAUGCAUUGACAAAAGGGAUCGCACUGUGAUCGCACUUAGGAACACAAUGUUGUAACAAAAAGAUACUUUGGAAAUGGCCAAUUCUUAUUGCAAUGUAAGGAUUGGUAAGAUGUGCAGAACCCCUAAGUGGUGAAUGGUAUCUUGCACAGCAGUAUGGUGUAAGAGAAAAAUUCUGACAUAGUUAAACGUGUGCUUCAUGCAGCAUUUGUAUUGCACAGUGUCACCCCCAAGAGAAAAUCCCUUUGAGCUCUUCAGAUCUUAUCUCUAGUGAGUUUAUCAAUUCAUAGUUCUAAAAAGGGUUGUGCAGCUUUAAACUGAUGCUUUCUCCAAAUUCCCAAAGCCAUUUGUCAUGUGCAUACAAAAGUUGUGUUGUUAUAAGAUGGUAGGACUUCCACUUCUUGGUAUGCAACUUAAUGAUUUUCUUGACACAGAAAUGCAUUUCUGUGCAUUUUUCCUUGUUUUGAGGAAAGCUCCUAAGUAGUUAGAUCAUCUCUUCAUACAAGAAAUUCUGUCAAUACAGGGGCAGGGGGUAAUUCAAGUUCCUAUUUGCUUACCAUUUUAGGGGAAUUGGGGAGGGGAGAGAAAUGCUGAGAGGCCAGACAGCCAGUCACACAAAUGAAUUUGCCUUAAGAGUGUUGGUUGCUGAAACCUGAUUAGUUUAAAACCUGUAAAUAGUUUGCAAAGUUAUUUAUACAUUCAAUGUCUGACUACAGUCUGGUAACCUGAAUUUGUAGUGUAUAUAAAGAUGUUGUACACCAGCUUUUGGAACAUGUCAUUGGUCUAAGUACAUGAAACUGGAAAUACAGUAGAAAUGGGAGGGACAAAAUGUGGCCAGUACCUGGUUUAAGCUAAAAAAUAUCAAAUAUUUUAAAAAUGCAAAUAUUUUCCCCUUAAAUUUAUCGUAAGGGUCAUUGCUGACUAUUAGAGAACUGUUCCUCACAAAGUCUUUGCCAAAUGCUGUUUCUGAUACUAUGGCCUUUCACAAAAACCUGUGAAAUUUAGAAGCUCUGGUGAUACAUUAGCUGUGGCAAUAAAGGAGAUGAGUUGUAAGCAGCUCUGAUGCACCCUCAAUUUCUCUUAGGUGUUUUGAUAUUUUUUGGGAAGAUAAUAGAGAUUUUAGCACGGAAAAAUUAAACUUGUUUACUAAAAUUGUGGGGGAACUGUCCCUUUUGUCCUCCCAGUAUUUAUUUUUAUAAAGAACUGAUUUAUUAGGGAAAUGCUGAGAAAUUCCUAGGUAUUUUAAAAAAAAAGAAAAAGAAUCUUAGUUUGACCUUACAAUAAUACUUUGCACUUCAUAGCACAUCUCAUUGAAGGAUUAUAAAGUGCUUUGAGCAAUAAACUCCAUAGAGCCCCA